GUCCGGGCAUGUAGAUCUGCACUUUGUGCCACCUCGCGAUGCCAGGAUGCCUUCUUCCGGCCUUUACAGUUUCCGAACCAGUCACCUUAGGCCCGCGUCAAGCGAGGACGGCCCGAUUUAGAUCUGGCAUAAUUAUAACUUAGUUCUAAGUUUGUAACUUGAAUUGCAACGUCGUCGCAGCAACGAGCAUAUGGACCAGUUUGAUGCAAUCAAUAUCAACGAACAUCGAUUAGCAUUGACUCGUGCACGAGAGCAUGGUCCAAAUGUUCACAGACUGCCGAGCGAACAAUCGAGAGAGCGUUCGAGGUGGGCGAGACUCGUAUCUCACGAAACUCCUUCCACCCCAAAUGAAGGGACCGCUUCCUUCAGUCAUUGCGUUGCAGGCCACUCCUUCUGAUAUCGAGCUCCUGCUGCUUCGUUCCAUAGAGUGGACGACGUUCGAGGAUGGGAUGUAUGAUACUGCGCUGGAACAAGCCACCGUUAUUUUAUAUGUUGACCGGGUCGUCGAAUGCCAGAGUCUAGAGGUAUCGCUAAUGAACCGGGACACCAGGGUCGCUUGGUUAGGCGACUACAAGGGACUUAUGGACCAGGCCUACGAUGCCGUAGUGAAACUACUCACCUCAGAUUAG